AUGUUAUUUUUCCUUUUUUAUAUUGCCGCGAUUUUAUUUAUUGUACAUAUUCUGUUCAAUUAUAAUAGAAAAGCAGCGUUGAUUAGAAAAAUACCUGGAUUAAAAGAUCAUUUCAUUUUUGGAAAUGGUUUACAAGGAUUUAAGUCACCAGUGGAUCUUUUUCGCUUCGGAAGAGAAUUAGCAAAGAAACAUAAUGGCAUAUACAGAUUCUGGUCCUUCCCAAUUGGAGCUGUUUUCAUUUACAAUCCGGAUGAUGUCGAAAUUAUUUUAACCAGCAUGAAAUAUCACGAGAAAAGCGUAAUAUACAAAUUUUUAAAACCCUGGCUGAACGAUGGACUGUUAUUGAGUGGUGGAUCAAAAUGGUUGGAUCGUAGGAAGAUCCUGACGCCGGCUUUCCAUUUCAACAUUUUACAGCGAUACCUCGUAAGCUUAAAGGACAGUGCCGACCGCCUUGUGGACACUGUCAAUAAAGUUCUUAAUGUUGAAGUCGACUUGGUACCUAUUAUAUCUGAAUGCACACUUCAAAGUAUUUGCGAAUCCGCAAUGGGAACAAAACUCAGCGACGAUUCAACGGGCAAGUCUUACAAGACUGCAAUUCACGAGUUAGGACUUUUAUUAGUACAAAGAUUUGUCAGAAUUUACCUGUACGCAGAUUUCUUAUUUAAUCUAUCUGCUCUAGCAAAACGUCAAAACAAAUAUCUUUCCAUUGUUCAUAACUUUACGCGUAAUGUUAUAAAAGAGAGAAAAAAAUACAUAGCGGAUAAUGGAAUAGAUUUAUCAAACGAUAGCAGUAAUAGUACUGAAGAUGAUUCUGUAAAUAUUUAUAGAAAAAAAAGAAGAACAGCGAUGUUAGAUUUGCUGAUAUUAGCUGAAAAAGAUGGUUUAAUUGAUAAUGCAGGCAUCGAAGAGGAAGUGGAUACGUUUAUGUUUGAGGGUCAUGACACAACUGCAGCUGCCUUAACAUAUUGUUUAAUGCUAAUCGCCAACCAUCCUGACAUACAGGAUAAAAUAUUAGCAGAAUUAAACGAGAUAUACGGUGAAACAAAUCGAGCAGUCACAAUGGAGGAUCUCAAUGAGAUGCGGUACCUAGAGCGAUGUAUCAAAGAAGCCAUCAGACUGUACCCACCAGUGCCUUUUAUCAGCCGUAAACUUAAUAAUAAUGUCCAACUCAGUAAUUACACUGUACCAGCUGGGACAUUAUGCCACAUUCACAUUUAUGAUUUGCAUCGCCUGGAGAGCUUGUACCCGAAUCCUGACAAAUUCGACCCGGACAGGUUUUUGCCAGAAAAUGUUGCUAAACGUCACAACUACGCCUACAUACCGUUCAGUGCUGGACCCAGAAAUUGUAUAGGACAAAAGUUUGCAAUGAUGCAAAUGAAAACUGCAGUGUCCGCCAUCUUGCGUAACUUCAAGUUGCUCCCCGUCACUGGCUGUUCAGAUUUGCAGUUUCAAUCUGAUUUAAUAUUAAGGAACUCGAAGCCUGUGUUUGUGAAAUUUGUAAAAAGAGGA